UGCCUAAAAACCUGAUAUUGGUAACUCGCACCCCAUUUAUUAUCACCUGCAACAAUUCUUUUGGUCAAACAAAAAAUUGUUUUUUUUUUUGACACAAAAUCUACACCCACUGGGAAGAUAAAAAAUCAUCUCCUCCGAUUGCAAAGUCUGGAAUUAUGGAAGUGCUUUCCCCAUAUUUCCCUCAAGAGGAGGCAGAAACAAGUCUUCUGCAUGUUGAAGAACCAAACCAUCUGAAACUUCCAGCACAAGUUCAAGCUGAAGAUCUACAAGGUGAUGGCACUGAAAGCCAAGAUGGAGGUCAAUGGGCCGUUGAGGAUAUGUCAACUUCUAUAGCACAUUUUUCUACGGAUACAUAUCGUGAAUAUGAAGAGGAUGGUCGAAAAUUGUCCUCUUAUUCCCAUGAAUCGGAUGAUGAAAACACAGAGAGCUCACAGCCGUUUGUAAAUGCAAUUGAAAGCGAGAAACUAAAUAAUAACCAUGGGGGAGAAGCCGUUCCAUGUGAAACACCAUUGCUAGAAAGAGAUGAAACUUCUGCAGUAUGGGUAAAGUGGAGGGGUAGGUGGCAAGCAGGAAUCAAAUGUGAGAGAGCUGAUUGGCCAUUGUCAACUAUGAGAGCAAAACCAACACACGACAGGAAAAAGUAUCUUGUGAUUUUCUUUCCCCGGACCCGCAACUUUUCAUGGGCGGAUGUGUUUCUGGUUUGCCCAAUAGAUCAAUUUCCAGAGCCCAUCGCAUAUAAGACACAUAAUGUUGGAGUUAAAAUGGUCAAAGAUCUGACUCUUCCUCACCGUUUCAUCGUGCAAAAGCUUGCUGUUGGCAUACUUAAUAUCUUUGAUCAGUUACAUAGACAGGUUCUUGUGGAAACUGCUCGCAAUAUAGUGGUAUGGAAGGAAUUUGCAACAGAGGCUUCCCGGUGUAAAGACUAUCCUGAUAUUGGAAGGAUGCUUUUGAAAUUUCAAGAUAUCAUACUUCCAUGUUACAAAAGUUCACUUUGGCUGGAAAAGUCACUGCAGUCUUGGGUUCAACAGUGUCAGAAUGCGAACAGUGCAGAAGCCGCUGAAAUGCUGAAGGAGGAAAUGGUUGAUUCUAUUCUUUGGAAUGACAUAAGUACUCUCCCCAGUGAUCCUGCCCAUCUUGAACUUAACAUGGAAUGGAUGAACUACAAGCAAGAGGCUAUGAAAUGGUUUUCAGUUUCGAACCCUGUGUCAACAACCGUUGGAAACUUGCAAAAACUGAGUUUUGAUAGCAGCAGCGUAUUGGAGGAGGUUGGAAAUCAGCAGUGCAAGAAGAGGCCCAAACUCGAAGUCAGACGCGCUGAUGCACAUCCUUUGCAGCAGGCUGGCCAUGAAUCGGGUGUAACUCAAAUCGGCUCUGGUUUCUUUGACGGCUGUGAUGCUUUGGAUAACACUUCAUUAGAUUCUGAGCAUACAAAGGCCUUCAUCGAAGCUAAGGGGAGGCAGUGUGUGAGAUGGGCAAAUGAUGGUGACGUCUAUUGUUGUGUUCAUUUGGUUUCCCGUUUUGCAACAACCCCUUCAAAAACUGAAGGAACACCCUUUGAGGUGGGAAUGUGUGAAGGCACCACCGUUCUUGGGACUAAAUGCAAACACCGUUCCCUCAUUGGCUCAUCUUUCUGCAAGAAGCAUGGGCCCAAGAGUGGUGAUAUUAAAAAUUUGUCCUUUAGCUCGACCGAGAUUAAACUUACCAAGAAGAGAAAACACGAAGAGAUUCUUGAUGUGGAUCCCAUCUCGGUCAUAGGUGGAAACAGCUUAGUUCCAAUGUCCGAGUAUCAUCAUCAUCCUCAUCCAAAAGAGUAUAGCAACAAUACUGAUGAAGUGCUGAUGUGUGUGGGUUUGUGGGCCCAAGAUGGCGGGGAACCUUGUUUGGAAACUGCAAAGCGGCAUACGUUAUACUGCGAUAAGCACCUGCCAAGCUGGCUUAAGCGUGCAAGGGAUGGUAAGAGUAGGAUAAUCUCAAAGGAAGUGUUUGUUGAGCUUCUUAGGAGUUGUGGUCAGUCAAGGGAGAAAAAGCUUCAUUUGCAUCAAGCUUGUGAGCUGUUCUACGGGCUAUUAAAAACCCUUCUUUCCAGGCGAAAUGUGGUCCCAAAAGAAGCCCAGUUUCAGUGGGCCAUAACCGAGGCUUCUAAAGACGUGAGUGUUAGGGAAUUCUUGUUGAGACUGGUUUUUGGCGAGAAAGAGAGGAUCAAGAAGAACUGGGGCUUCAGCUUUAACGAAUCAGGAACUGCUAAUAUUCAGGAGGAGGAUGGGAGUGUUAUUAGGUGCAAAAUUUGCUCAGAAAGAUUUUUGAGUGACCAAGAACUCGGUACACACUGGAUGGAUAACCAUAACCAGGAAGCUCAAGGGCUCUUCAGGGGUUAUGCUUGUGCAAUAUGCCUUGAUUCUUUCACUGACAAAAAGGUUCUGGAAUCUCACGUGCAGGAGAGGCACCACGUGGAGUUUGUUGAACAGUGCAUGCUUUUCCAAUGCAUUCCCUGCAGUAGCCAUUUCGGCAACCAAGAACAACUAUGGUCUCACGUGCUUUCUGUACAUCCUUCCAACUUCCGGUUCUCAAACCUUCGUCCUCAUCCUUAUCAAGCUUCUCAACCAUCUGGGAGUGAAGAUCUUUCGCUGGAUGCUGUUGAGAAGGAGGGUGGAAAGUCAGUAGUGUCUGUAGAGAAUAUCAACUCUGAAGGUCAAAAAUUCACAUGUAAAUUUUGUGGCCUCAAGUUUGAUUUGCUGCCUGAUCUUGGUCGACAUCAUCAAGCCGCUCAUAUGGGUCCCAGUCUUGUCGGAUCACGUCUCUCAAAGAGAGGCAUCCGUUUUUAUGCCUAUAAGCUGAAAUCCGGACGGCUUACCCGCCCAAAAUUCAAGAAAAGUCUGGCUUCUGCAGCUUCGUAUAGAAUCAGGAGCAGAAGUGCGCAGACUAUUAAAAAGCGCAUCCAGUCAGCAAAUCCAGCUGGCACUGUGGUGCGUCUAAGUAUACCCCCAGAGGCCUCCUCUAGCCUUGACAACUUGGGUCAUGACCAAUGCUUGACUAUUGCAAAGAUAUUGUUUGCUGAGAUGAAGAAAACAAAGCCACGCCCUAAUAACUCAGAUAUCAUGUCACUAGCUAGGUCGGUUUGCUGCAAAGUAAGGCUCAAAGCUUCACUGGAGGCAAGCUAUGGAGUCUCGUUGCCAGAACGAAUAUAUUUAAAGGCAGCCAAACUCUGCAGUGAGCAAAAUAUCAUAGUAAAUUGGCACUUGGAUGGAUUUAUUUGCCCAAAUGGAUGUAGACCGUUGAUUGAUGACCAUCUUCCUCCUUUAGUUCCCCUCCUCAACAGAACAAGAUUUCCAUCACCCAUUGCUGCUGCCAAUGCAAGCGAGUGGAAAUUGGAUGAGUCUCACUAUGUUAUUGACUCCCAACAGAUCAGCUAUGGAGUCUCGUUGCCAGAACGAAUAUAUUUAAAGGCAGCCAAACUCUGCAGUGAGCAAAAUAUCAUAGUAAAUUGGCACUUGGAUGGAUUUAUUUGCCCAAAUGGAUGUAGACCGUUGAUUGAUGACCAUCUUCCUCCUUUAGUUCCCCUCCUCAACAGAACAAGAUUUCCAUCACCCAUUGCUGCUGCCAAUGCAAGCGAGUGGAAAUUGGAUGAGUCUCACUAUGUUAUUGACUCCCAACAGAUCAGGUACGAACCCUCUGAUAGGACAAUUGUCUUGUGCGAUGAUAUUAGUUUUGGACUGGAAUCGGUUCCCAUAACCUGUGUGGUAGAGGACAACCUUCUUGGCUCCCUCCACAUCCUUCCAGACGACUCUGAUGGUCAAAUUGCAGCAAGUUCUCUUCCUUGGGAAAGCUUUUCUUAUGUGACAAAACCAGUUCUUGAUCAAUCAAUGCAGCUUGAUGUCGGUAGUUCACAGUUAGGGUGUUCUUGUCCUGAUUCCAUGUGUUCUUCUCAAACUUGUGAUCACACGUAUCUUUUUGAGAAUGACUAUGAGGAUGCAAGAGACAUUCAUGGCCAGCCAAUGUGUGGUAGGUUCCCUUAUGAUGAUAGAGGGAGAAUCAUAUUGGAGGAGGGAUAUGUAGUCUAUGAGUGCAACCAGCGGUGUUGCUGUGGCAAAUCUUGUCGGAACAGAGUUUUGCAGAAUGGUGUCCGAGUGAAGCUUGAGAUAUUCAAAACUGAGACAAAGGGGUGGGCAGUUAGGGCUAGAGAAGCAAUCCUGCGCGGUACUUUUGUGUGUGAGUUCAUCGGUGAGGUAAUCAGCGAGGAAGAGGCAAAUAGGAGGCGCUGCGGGUACGGGAAAGAAGGGCGUGCAUAUUUUUUGAAGAUCGACGAACAAAUCAAUGAUAUGAGCAGACUGGUUGAGGGGGAAUCUCCUUAUGUGAUUGAUGCCACUAACUAUGGUAAUGUUUCGCGAUAUAUCAAUCAUAGCUGCUCGCCGAAUCUUGUGAAUCACCAAGUGGUCGUGGAGAGCAUGGAUUAUCGACUUGCACACAUUGGUCUUUUUGCUGGCCGAGAUAUACUUGCAGGUGAAGAAUUGACUUUUGACUAUCGCUACAAAUCGUUCCCCGGAGAAGAAGAAGGGCUUCCAUGUCUCUGUGGAUCUUCCAAUUGCAGAGGUCGAAUUUACUAAUGAAGCCCCGUUUUUUUUUCUUUCCAUAAUCGGUACGGGGUAUAACUCGACUAGUUGUACAUAUGCCUCCUCCCUAUCAGCCAGAACAAAAGAAUGUAUUUUUGGACUUUUAGGUUAGAUUUGUUGAAGCAUUUUUAAAAUAAGGGACCCUUUUUUUUCAUUCUUCUUUUUCUUUAAUCCUCUGUAUAACAACAGUAGCUCUGAUAAAGUGU